AGUGACCCAAAAAAAAAUGAUAAAAAUAGUAAAGGUAAAUGAAAAGAAAGACGAAAGAAAAAAUCGGAGUAGAAUACAAAUAAUCACAGAUAAUUACAGCGGAGAAAAUAGAAAGGCAAAUCAAAGUAACAACAAAGAAGAACGUUAGAAAACCGGUAUACUUGCUGUGACGAAGCAAUCAGCAUUCCGUAAUAAUAAAACUCUUAUCGAAAUUCGAAACCCUCGCGCAUACACAGACGCACUUACAUACAUACAUACAUACACAUACAUAUGCAGUUAAUUCGUCCGUAUGAUUCGUGUUGGCAGAACAAUCACAAAAGUCCGCAGGUGUUAGUAUGAAAUGGGAAUCGGUGAGUCGUGGUGCUCUACUCAACAAACGUCAAAGUUAUAGCAGCAAACAAAAAGCUCUUAAACGGUACACAAAUUUUGGGCAAACGGAAUCGGUGACAACUUAACAUUCGAAAACCAGUUCAGCUGCUACUAAAGAACGAGUUAUACAAAAAAAAAAAACAAAACAAAACUAGCGCAAACUCAUUGUCGCCAAACCGUACGUUAUUGGCAUAUGCAAAGAUAAAGAAUUCGAAAACUUCCGUGUAGCUUCUGCGCCGCCGCAGCAAUUAUGGACCCAUGUAUGAAGCUGUCACUCGACCUGCCGGAAACCAGCUACGUGUACGAUGAUACUGCCGCCACGCGCAGUGUCAGUAAGCCGAUGGCACCCACGUCCAUUGUGGCUAAAGUUUCACCCAAUGGUCUAAUCGAAUUGAGCGAACAUUUUUACAUCAACCACAGCAAGCAAAACGAACCCAUCAGGGUUGAGGUGCAAUUGAAAGCCGAAGGAAUCUUUUUACGUCGCGAAACAGGCGUGCCAGAUGAAGUCUGCGAACAGCGUAUACCAUUGUCGGAUAUAAUUGGCAGCAGCUGCGGACCACGCAUGAAGAAAUCUCAUCGCGGCAGCUUGGUCUCUUGUCGGCGCAUAGACGAAGAUACGGAGGUGGAAAAUGGAACGCGGAAGGAUAUUUGCGCCUAUUUGCAUAUUUAUGCUUACAUCAAGAGCGAGACGAGCGAUAAGAGUUCGGUGCGUCGCGAGCGCACAGUGCGUAUUUUGCGCUUUCGCUCAUUCGACACUUACGAGGAGAACUUGAAGGUGGCUGAACGUUGGCAACAUGCCAUACGCAUCAAUCAGUCAGCGGUCAAAAAUCAGUUGGGUGAGAAACAACUGCUUAUCUUUCUAAAUCCCAAAUCCGGGAAGGGUAAAGGACGCGAGAUGUUCCACAAACAGGUGGCGCCUUUGCUCAAGGAGGCGGAAAUGCCAUAUGAAUUACAUGUGACCGCACACAUCAACUAUGCACGCGAGUUCGUGCGCAAACACAACGAUCUAUUGCGCUGCUACAGUGGCAUAGUGGUCGCUUCAGGCGAUGGUCUAUUCUUUGAAGUGCUCAAUGGCAUAAUGGAGCGCGAGGAUUGGCGUGCGAUCACGCGUGGAUUACCUAUAGGUAUCAUACCCUGUGGCUCGGGUAAUGGACUCGCGCGUAGCAUUGCCUAUCUCUAUAAGGAACCAUACGAACCAAAGCCGAUACUAUAUGCGACGCUGACAUGCGUUGCGGGUCAGCGUGCGCCGAUGGAUAUUGUACGCAUCGAUUCGGGAAAAGAAGGUAAAUCUAGUGAAAUUUAUUCGUUCCUCUCAGUCGGUUGGGGUCUUAUUGCCGAUAUUGAUAUCGAGAGUGAGCGUUUGCGUUCCAUUGGCGCCACGCGCUUCACCUUCUGGAGCAUACGCCGGCUGAUCGGUCUACGUACUUACACAGGGAAACUCUCCUAUCUACGUUGUGAGCAGAAGAAUGAGCGCAAAACUUAUGGCAAGCUGGUUUCUUCCACAUCAAAUGAGGAACAACGUUUGCCACCAGAGGUGCAGGAAUUUCAUGACAUACCAAACCCACCGAGAGACGAAAGGCCAGACAACUCUCGUCCACUUGCCGAUGCUGAAGAGGAUGAUGAGUUUGCAGAUGCCAUUUCAUUGGAUGGUGCUAGCAACCAAUCGUACGUUGAUAGUUGGCAUUCAGCUGUAUCGAAACACACCGCCUACUUUUCUCUCGCCGCCCAAAGUUUGCGCUCGCGUCGCAGCGUAUUAAGCCGCCUUGAAACGAUCAAUUUGGAAUAUGAAAAUCGUCGGCCACCGUCUACACUGCCAACGCUCGAUCAGCCAGUGCCUACAGAUACAUGGCAUACCGAAGAGGGUGAAUAUGUAAUGGUACAUGCAGCCUACACUACACAUCUAUCCUCAGACUGUUUUUUCGCGCCCCAGUCACUUCUCAAUGAUGGCAUCAUCUACUUGGUUAUAAUACGUGCUGGCGUAAGUCGUUCACAACUGGCACAGUUUCUACUAGGUACCAGCUCAGGUACACACCUACCGAAGGAGCCAAAUGAAUAUAUUGAAGUGGUGCCGGUGCGUGCAUUCCGCAUUGAACCCUGCUCCGACAAAGAAGGUAUUAUAACAGUGGAUGGCGAACGUGUGGACUAUGGACCCAUACAAGGUGAAGUACUGCGGGGUGUGAUAAAUGUCAUGGUGCCGAGUCCAAAUUGCACAAACUAGUUUGCCAACCUGCUAGACUUGGUAGAUUGUUGGAAUAUUUAUUUUUUUUUCCUGUUAUCCAUAUGUACUUAAAUAUGAUGCCAGUUGACUGUAUAUUGCAGACAUCCCUUUAGUUUUAGAAAAUAGUUAGUAUUUUAUUGUUUCUCUAUUAUUGUUACUGAGUGAUAUGUACAAUUGUGUACGUAUGUAGUAUGUAUGUACAUAUACAAAUUUUUAAUAAAGAACUUAUCGCUCAUUUACUAAUAGACUGACAUAACUGAGAAACCCCAAGGUUUUCAGGAGGCGCGUUUUAAGUUUUCAAUAUUCUCCCAAAAUGCAGGAAAACGUUAUGCAUAUUGUCUUCAUACGCGGUGACUACAUAUGAUUUGAGCACGAAAUUUUUACACAAUAUGAAGCAUAUAGUAAUGAGUAAUUUUGCAUAAUUUUCUUUAAAGUUUGUCUUUUGAGUUAUGAGGGUCUGUGUUAAUUAA